UGAAUAACUUGUGCCCGAGUUCGUAAGAAGCCAAAAGCUGAGGAAAUACGUCUCAAUAAGUCCGCAAAAUAAACACCGACAAAAGAAACCAUGCCUGUAGACCUUAACAAAGGCAAGAAGGCAUUUGUCCAAAAGUGUGCCCAGUGCCAUACUGUGGAUGAGGGUGGGAAGCACAAGGUGGGGCCUAACCUUUGGGGUCUGUUUGGACGCAAAACCGGCCAGGCAGAGGGCUUCUCCUACACUGAUGCCAACAAAAGCAAAGGCAUUACCUGGAAUGACGACACCCUGAUGGUUUAUUUGGAGAACCCCAAGAAAUACAUUCCAGGAACAAAGAUGAUCUUCGCUGGCAUCAAAAAGAAGAACGAACGAUCCGACCUUAUAGCGUACCUUAAGUCUGCAACUUCAUAAAGAACACUUUGUCGGCGCGUCUUUGCCAGUUUUCGUGCACUUACAAACUGAACUGGUAAAGAGGCCAGGACUUGUCUUUCUGUCAAAAUCAGGCAUGACUGGCAACCAAUCUCCGACUGGUAAAGACAUGAUAGGUUUCCAUCUUUGUCACAGCUGUACUUCUGUUUCUCCUCCUCCUUUUGUGGUGGAGAAAAUGAUAUCCCCUGGUUUUAACAGGUUCCUUUUCUAGCAUGAAUUAUUAAAAUGUAUACUGUGUAUUCAGAAUGUAGGGACUGAAAGCUUUGUAUUCUAUUUUCUUAUUGUCAUCCAGGAUUUUUUUUGUCAGUACUUUCUUGAUUUAUAAUCAAGCUGUCUUAAAAACUGUCCGUUCCAAGAAUGAAUAUGCCAUGUCUGCUUCCAAUUUGAUGAUAUCUCAACGGUCUUUUAAUGUCAUUAUUGAAUGUGCAAGUUAAAUAGAAGACAAGAAACAACACUAAACGUUUAUUCUUUUUCUUAUUUGUUUGACACAAUGUUCCUAGAAGUGAAUCUGGUUGGGUGUCUUAAAAAAAAUAAUAAUGACCAAGUACUGGGUGUGGAUGUAUCAUGUCAGGCUGACAUGGUGUUCUUGUUUCUACAGUUUUGGCUCAUGUAGAUUCCUGAACCAAAUUAGUGCAAUAUACUGUAGAAGAAAGAUGCCUUUUUCCUCUGUAAAUGAAGCAACUUUAUAUUUGUAGCUUCAAAGAGCCUAUUUGAAUUUGGAAGCUGAUAUAAAAAGUCACAAAUGCCUCCCAUUUUUAAAGAUGUUGGUUAGAGUUUGUUUUGCCUCGGUGAAAACUCGAUGUUGGGUUACAGAUGUUGUCUGGCUAACAGUUACUAAGUGCAUUUGUUAGGAAACUGCAGGUAGAACGGCUGGUACAAUUAUUUAAAAAAAAAAAAAAAAAAAAUGUGUUUUGACCUGUGUCAUGAGCUAGUACCAAAUACCAGAGCUUUCUAUAGAACGCUUUUGUUUAAACUCCUUUUUCUAAACG